ACAUUACAUUAUACAUAACAUGGCGUUUAUAACAAACGUUAGCUAUAGACUAGUAGUCACUAAGUCUAGACUCUAAAAGCAGUUUUUUGGACGCCCUGACCCUGCCCUUAGUUAUAUAUAAGUUAUAAUGACAUUAUGUACUUUUUGAAAAGCUUCUUAUGAUUCUGAUUUCAUCUCUUGUACUGAAAAGUUCCUUUGUCAGAAGCUUAGGAAACUGUAAAACUUUUUCAAGUUUUGCAAUGGUUGAACCAAAACUUAUAGUUUUUGACCUUGAUUACACCCUCUGGCCUUUCUGGGUUGACACUCAUGUAGAUCCACCAUUUCAUAAAACAAGCGAUGGUAAAGUCUAUGAUGCUCACCAACAGCGUGUUAAGUAUUAUAAAGAGGUCCCUGAUAUCUUAAACCAUCUCCAUAAAUCAGGCUUUCAGCUUGCCAUAGCGUCCAGAACAAGUGCAAUAGCUGAAGCCAAUGAAUUAACCAAAUUGUUCAACUGGGACCAGUAUUUUCAGUACAGACAAAUUUUUCCUGGCAGUAAAAUAACACAUUUCAAGAAGCUGCAUUCUUUAAGUGGAGUUCCUUAUGAAGAGAUGCUCUUCUAUGAUGAUGAGCAUAGGAAUAUAUUGGAUGUUUCAUCUUUAGGUGUUACAUGCAUGUUGGUCCCUGAUGGAAUCAGCCAGAAGGCAUUUCAGGAAGGGUUGGAACUUUUCAAAAAUAGGAAAGCCAAGACAAAACAAAAUAACAAUUAAAAUUAGUACUUUUUUUUUCUAUCCCUAUAGUUGUUCUUUUCUCCAACUGAAAUGAACAUAUUUAGAUGGAAAGUUAUAUGUACUGUACUGGUUAAUUUAUUUUAGAGUGUGAUAUGUAAAUAGACAUUUUUUUUUUACAUUGAGCAUGAAGUGUUUAUAAAUUAAUUCCACCUGGAAUGGCCUAUUAUAUUAUAUAAAAUUUAAGUUAAAAAUAAAGGCAUUUAGAUGUUCUUUUUCCAUAUACUAGGACUAAUUCACGCAAAUGUUCCUUCUUCCAUAUUGCCAUUAGAGCAUGAAACAGGUUGCCUGAAUCAGCCUGGAAGACAAGUGACUUAGGAAGUCCCUAAUUAACUAGCAUGACUAGAUUAACACAUCAAUAGGCAGAUGACACAAUUAUCUUUUUUUUUUUUUU